AUUCGAGUUGCAGAGAUAUAUAUAUAUAUAUAUACAUAAAAAAUAUUUUUAUUUAUAUAUAUAUCUUCAUAUUAUAUUUAUUUGAUUAUUUAUUUAUUUAUAUUUAUAUAUAUAUGAGUAAAUAAUAAACACCUCUGGUGACCUUAGAUUACGGAACCAAUCUUUUAAACCAUAAACCAAAAAAAGAAGGCCUUAGAGUAGUCCCAAACCGACGGUUCCCUCUCUUUCUCUCAGUCAAAAAUAUCUGAACCCUUUUCUUCUUUUCCCUUUUCAUUUUCUGGGUUUCUCUCAUUUUAUGCUAUAACUCUCGCCGGAGAAUCAUUUCUACUAUUUUCUUAUUCUUUUUGAAGUUCUGCGCACCUAUAUUGGUUUUUCUUUUUCCGGCCAUGACGACGUCCGGUGGCGGUGGCCCAAACGCUACUGCCUCGUCCAACGGUACUAGCCCGAGGCCCGCGGGACCAACUGCAACGCGGCGGCGCGUGAUUGACUUAAUGACCGAGGGCUGCGCCGACCGGACCUCAAACUUGUCAGACUCGCCGUCGCUCGAAGAAGAAGACCAUUACGAUCCUCCCGGCUCUAUUCCGUCCUCCGUUGGACCCCACCACCUCGGAUACCACCACCACCACCACCACCAUUACUGUCACCAUCACCACCCCGUGACCAAGUAUCUGCUGCUUCGCAGGCGCAUGUUCUCCUGUGUGCCUGAGAAGUGGUUGGUCCAUAUUGAGGAUGGUUUUUAUUGGAUGGCUGCGAUGGUUCAGUCGCUGAGAUCGGGGAAGAAUAUUGCCCGUAGGAUCUUUCUGGCUCUGAUAUUCAUGGCUGUCGUAUCGUUAUUCGUCAAGUUCUCUUUCCUGAGUAGCCACGUGGAUGUUGAUACCAAUGUUAAAGAGAGCAAUGGGCUUUUGAUCUUACAGACCUUCAAGGAUGACUCGGCCAUGGCUCAACAGGCCAUCACAGAGUCCCAAACUUCCAUGCCUAAACGAGUUCUGGAGAGGUUUUCUGCUCCAGAAAUAUGGAUGAGACCGAACAGUGACAAUUUUCACAAAUGCAUUGCUCGACCCAAGAAUCGAAUAAGAACAGGUUCUAAAACGAAUGGUUAUCUUCUUGUUCAUGCCAACGGUGGACUGAAUCAAAUGAGAACAGGGAUUUGUGAUAUGGUUGCUGUUGCAAAGAUCAUGAAUGCCACCCUUGUUCUUCCUUCUCUUGAUCACGAGUCAUUUUGGACUGAUCCAAGCGAAUUUAAGGACAUAUUUGACUGGAGACACUUCAUGGAAGUUUUGAAAGAAGACAUUGCAAUAGUUGAAUAUUUGCCUGCCCGCUAUGCAUCUAUGAAGCCCUUACUUAAGGCCCCUGUCUCCUGGUCUAAGGCUAGCUAUUACAGAAACGAAAUGAUUCCAUUGCUAAAGCGUUACAAAGUGGUAAAGUUUACUCAUACCGAUUCUCGCCUCGCUAACAAUGGACUUGCAUCCUCAAUUCAAAGGCUUAGAUGCCGUGCCAAUUAUGAGGCGCUUCGGUACUCGAAGGAUAUUGAGGAUCUAGGAAAGGUUUUGGUUGAUAGGCUGAGGAACAACAGCGAGCAAUAUGUUGCUGUGCAUUUAAGAUAUGAGAAAGACAUGCUUGCAUUCACAGGCUGCAGCCAUAACCUUACCUCAGAUGAAGGUGAAGAGCUCCGAGCUAUGAGGUAUAACGUCAAGCAUUGGAAAGAGAAAGAGAUUGACAGCGUAGAACGGAGACUCCAAGGAGGAUGUCCCAUGUCACCAAGAGAAGCAGCCAUGUUCCUCAAAGCCAUGGGAUAUCCUUCCACCACAACCAUCUACAUUGUUGCAGGAGAGAUAUAUGGCAGCAAUAGCAUGGCAGCCUUUCGGGCAGAGUACCCUAAUGUCUUCUCUCACUCCACUCUUGCAACAGAAGAAGAGUUAGAGCCCUUCAAGCCUUACCAAAAUCGACUUGCUGCAUUGGAUUAUAUCGUGGCACUUGAUAGCGAUGUUUUCGUUUACACCUAUGAUGGAAACAUGGCAAAGGCAGUUCAGGGCCAUAGGAGAUUCGAUGGAUUUAAGAAGACUAUUAACCCUGACAGGCAAAGUUUUGUUAAACUGAUUGAUCAGUUAGAUGAGCAUAAUUUAUCAUGGGACGAGUUUUCGUCAGAGGUUAAGAGUCUACAUUCACACAGGCUUGGUACACCAUAUCUGAGACAGAUUGGAGAGUCACCAAGGUUGGAGGAGAACUUUUAUGCAAACCCUUUUCCUGGUUGCAUAUGUAACAAGACUCGAGAGCCGAUUACAAGCUCAAAGUUUGUACAGACACAUAGACGAAGUUUGAGGACGACCACAGCUCAAAGAGAGUGACUAAAGUGAGUGAUGAGAGUGAAUAUACAACUUAUAAUGUUAUUGCUUUUAGUGGUAGCUGCUAUUGGUUUUGCAAAUUUGCUGUCUUUGCUCAUUGGAAGACUGCAGCUCACUACAAGGUCGAAGAAGUUGAGGAUUCCCUCGUGAUGAUUUGAACAUACAAAGUUUUAAGAGUUUUGGUGUACCAACAUAUGAGGGGCUCUGUCUUUACCUGUGAAUUUUUUUUUUGGAAAGCAGAGAAGAUGGUUACAUUUUCUUUUAAAGGAAAUUCAGGAUAGUUUCAAUGGUACAGAUGCAGCAUCCCUGUCAAAUAUUGAGGUAUAAAUUCGUUAAUUCGUUAUUUUUCUUUCUUUCUUUUGAUUUGAUUGUCAAAGCCAAUAGUCAAAUUGAGCUCCAUUGGUAAUUGAAUUAAAAGUUCAUAUACUUCAGAAUUGUUUCAUAAUACAAAUCAUAUCAGGUUAUACAUUCA